AUGGAUGACCUUGUCAAGUGCAAGAUCUUUGUACCUCAAGAUUCUGAGAUCUGUCUGGAUGCAUGCAGUGUGUUUAUUGCCAUAAAUCAUGACUAUGUGGGCAGAAAUGAGCUGCCAGACAAUCUGAAGGUUCUUUUUCAGAAAGUUGCAAUGAUGGUUCCAGAAUAUACUUUAAUUGCUGAAAUAUCAUUUUACUCUCUGGGCUUUGUUGAUACUCACAGCUUUGCUGCUAAAAAUAAACCCACACAUAGACUCUGCUCAGAUCAGAUGUCCUCACAAGAGAACUAUGAUUAA